GCCGCCGAUCCCGGAGCGGGGCGGACCGGCGCCUUCCCGCGGGGGGCCGGUCGCCCGGCGCUCGGGCGAUCGCGGCCGACGCCUGGCCUGGGACAGCGACGGGGAGGCGCGGGCGAAGCGGGGGAGGCGCGGCCGCGCGACCAGGCCUCAGGGGCAGCCACGUCCGCCGGCGACCCGGCCGCCACUUCGCUCGGUGCCCCCGGCGACGCGCGCGGGUCGGCGUUCCCUCGCGGCUUUUGGUCCCUCCCUCUCGCCGUCCUUCUGGCCCCGCCCCAGCCCCGGUUGUCAGGGCAACCCGCGCGACGCCUGCCGCGAAGGAGAGGCGUUAGGAAGGCGGCGGCGCCGGGGCUCCGCCCGUGGGGCCCGAGAGCAGCUGAGCCUGGAGCCCGAAAAUCAUGUCAUCCUCAAAGCCGCAUCCACCUGUUGUGGGCAAAGUGACUCAUCACAGCAUUGAGUUAUACUGGGAUCUGGAAAAGAAGGCGAGACGGCAUGGACCUCAGGAACAAUGGCUUAGAUUUUCAAUUGAGGAAGAAGAUCCCAAAAUACACAGUUACGGUAUCAUUUAUACCGGAUAUGCAACAAAGCACGUGGUUGAAGGCCUGGAACCGAGGACGCUAUACAGAUUCCGACUGAAGGUCACCAGCCCCUCUGGAGAAUGCGAGUACAGCCCUGUCACCUCCGUGUUCACAACCAGGGAACCCAUUAGCAGUGAGCACCUCCAUCGAGCUGUCAAUGUGAAUGAUGAAGAUUUGCUUGUUCAAAUACUUGAAGGAGGCCAUGUCAAAGUUGAUGUUCCCAAUAAGUUUGGCUUUACUGCUCUGAUGGUUGCUGCCCAGAAAGGAUAUACCAGGCUUGUGAAAAUCUUAGUUUCUAAUGGUACAGAUGUGAAUCUGAAGAAUGGCAGUGGCAAGGACAGCCUCAUGCUUGCGUGUUACGCCGGACACCUGGAUGUUGUGAAAUACCUCCGCAGACAUGGGGCUUCUUGGGAGGCUCGAGACCUGGGAGGCUGUACAGCUCUGCACUGGGCUGCAGAUGGAGGCCACUGCACCGUGAUCGACUGGAUGAUAAAGGAUGGCUGUGAGGUGGACGUUGUGGACACUGGCUCAGGGUGGACGCCGCUCAUGAGAGUCUCCGUGGUGUCGGGCAGCCAGAAGGUGGCCUCGCUCCUCAUUGAGGCCGGGGCUGAUGUGAACGUGAGGGACAAAGACGGAAAGACGCCACUCAUGGUGGCCGUGUUAAACAAUCAUGAACAGUUGGUUGAGUUACUUCUUGACAAAGGGGCAGAUGCAAGUGUAAAAAAUGAGUUUGGCAAAGGGGUCCUAGAAAUGGCCAGAGUGUUUGACAGACAGAAUGUAGUCUCCUUAUUAGAAGAAAGGAAAAAAAAGCUGCCAAAGAAGUCCUGUGUCCACUGAUCAGAGCACCAACUGCCUGCGAAAUUCAAGCAAAAUAAAACAAAAAGUGACCGUUGAACUGGACGUGAUAUUCUGCAUCCUUGAGGGCUAUAUUUAUUUACUUAGUUGAAGAUUCACAAUAUUUUUUUUUGUAAUGGACAGCUAUUCCCACAUUGAAAUACAUCUUUUUACUUAAGCACGCGCACAUGUGGUCUCAUCAUUGGG